GGGGCCCAGAGGACCGGUGGGGCCCCGGGGGCUGGGGGAGGAGCGCGCCUCGGCCUGGGCUGGUGACUCCGGGAGAACCCGCACGGAAAGCCCAUCCAUCUGCGGGAAAGGGAAGGGAGGUCUGGGGAGUUGUCACUGCCCCACUGCGAUGGCGCAGGCUGGGGGCGGAGACUUGGGACCCACAGAGGCCCUUUCUCCAACACCUCCGCUCUUUCCUGGGCUUCCAGGAGGAAGAUUUGCACCUUCUUCGGGCCGCUUGCCGCAGGCCCUCCCGUCCCGGCUGCACCUCCUUCCUCCCACCCCUGCGGUGAAAGAGCUCUCGGGGUCCCCAGAGUCCCUCACCCCUCCCGCUCCCACGCCGGCCCCUGGGCCUUUGCUACUUGCACCACCUCAAUCGAUUUUUGCUGCGCGUCAACACUUAUUCCUGGGCAGAUCUCUGUGUUGUUGAGUUUCUAUCUGAAAAGAACAACAAAAAAAAGAAGGAUAAGAAUAAGAAGAAUUUCUUGUGUUUGGGAUGCAUAACUUCAUUUCUGUGCUGAGUACUUAUGCAUUUUAUGUGAAUGUUGAUUUUUAUAUUUUGUUGGAAGAUUAGCACAGUCUUGCAAGAAAUAAAAUAGUCCAUUAAAGAUGUAUUUAA